GCAAAAGUAAAGAAGCGGAGAUAAAGAGGAUAAAUAAAGAGCUAGCAAACAUUCGGUCAAAAUUUAAAGGUGACAAGGCUCUGGAUGGUUACAGUAAGAAAAAAUACGUCUGCAAACUGCUUUUCAUCUUUCUUCUGGGGCAUGACAUUGACUUUGGUCACAUGGAGGCUGUAAACCUGCUCAGUUCCAACAGAUAUACAGAGAAACAAAUUGGAUAUCUCUUCAUCUCCGUACUAGUGAACUCUAACAGCGAGCUGAUUCGUUUAAUAAACAAUGCGAUCAAGAAUGAUCUGGCAAGCCGCAACCCCACCUUUAUGGGGCUUGCUCUGCAUUGUAUUGCUAAUGUGGGUAGCCGGGAGAUGGCAGAAGCAUUUGCUGGAGAAAUUCCAAAAAUACUUGUAGCUGGAGAUACUAUGGAUAGCGUGAAGCAGAGUGCUGCCUUAUGCUUGUUGCGUUUAUAUAGAACUUCUCCAGACCUUGUGCCCAUGGGAGACUGGACAUCUAGAGUGGUACAUCUCCUCAAUGACCAGCACUUGGGUGUGGUUACUGCAGCUACAAGUCUGAUCACCACUUUGGCACAGAAGAACCCAGAAGAGUUUAAAACUUCAGUCUCCUUGGCAGUGUCUAGAUUAAGCAGAAUUGUAACUUCUGCAUCAACAGAUCUUCAGGACUAUACGUACUACUUUGUUCCUGCUCCUUGGUUAUCUGUGAAACUUCUGAGGCUGUUACAGUGCUAUCCACCUCCAGAAGACCCUGCGGUACGUGGUCGCCUAACAGAAUGCCUGGAAACUAUUCUCAACAAAGCGCAGGAACCACCAAAGUCAAAAAAAGUACAACACUCAAAUGCGAAGAAUGCUGUGCUGUUUGAGGCAAUAAGCUUAAUUAUACAUCAUGACAGUGAGCCAAAUCUACUAGUCCGUGCCUGUAACCAACUAGGUCAGUUCUUGCAGCACCGAGAAACUAAUUUGCGUUACCUAGCACUGGAAAGCAUGUGCACGCUUGCCAGCUCUGAAUUCUCACAUGAGGCUGUGAAAACACACAUAGAAACUGUUAUCAAUGCAUUGAAGACUGAAAGAGAUGUAAGUGUACGACAAAGAGCUGUAGAUCUCCUGUAUGCAAUGUGUGACCGAAGCAAUGCCCAACAGAUUGUGGCUGAAAUGCUGAAUUACUUGGAGACUGCUGACUAUUCCAUUAGAGAAGAAAUUGUUCUGAAAGUUGCAAUUCUGGCUGAGAAGUAUGCAGUGGAUUAUACUUGGUAUGUGGAUACAAUUUUGAAUCUGAUUCGCAUUGCUGGUGACUAUGUCAGUGAAGAAGUGUGGUAUCGAGUUAUUCAGAUUGUCAUCAACAGGGAUGAUGUUCAAGGAUAUGCAGCAAAGACUGUUUUUGAGGCCCUUCAAGCUCCAGCAUGCCAUGAGAAUCUUGUGAAAGUAGGUGGCUACAUCUUGGGAGAAUUUGGAAAUCUGAUAGCAGGUGAUCCAAGGUCAAGUCCCCUCAUCCAGUUCAACUUGCUACAUUCCAAGUUUCAUCUGUGUAGCGUUCCUACCCGAGCUUUGCUUCUGUCUACCUACAUCAAGUUUGUGAACCUGUUUCCAGAAAUCAAAACUACAAUUCAAGAUGUAUUACGCAGUGACAGUCAGCUAAAGAAUGCUGAUGUUGAGCUACAGCAGAGAGCUGUUGAGUAUUUGAGGCUUAGUACUAUUGCCAGUACUGAUAUAUUGGCUACAGUGCUGGAAGAAAUGCCUCCCUUUCCAGAGAGGGAAUCUUCUAUUUUGGCUAAACUCAAGAAGAAGAAAGGCCCAGGCACUGUUACUGACCUGGAAGAGAUCAAAAAGGAGAGGAGCUCUGAUAUGAAUGGAAGCGCUGAACCUGCCUCAGUCAAUGCCAGUGCUGUUUCUACUCCUUCUCCAUCUGCGGAUCUGCUGGGUCUGGGUGCUGCCCCUCUCACCAAUUCAGCUCCCCCACCGUCCUCUAGUGGUAGUCUGCUGGUGGAUGUAUUUUCAGAUUCAGCUUCUGCAGUUGCACCUCUUGCUCCUGGUUCUGAUGACAACUUUGCGAGCCCUGACCUGGCUUCAUCUGAGGUAGUUUCUGAGGAACCAGCUGAUACUGUGCAUGAUGCUGAUGAGCUUUUUCACAAGUUUGUGUGUAAAAAUAAUGGAGUCUUAUUUGAAAAUCAGUUGCUGCAAAUUGGAUUGAAAUCUGAAUUUCGACAGAACCUGGGACGUAUGUUCAUAUUCUAUGGUAAUAAGACAUCAACACAGUUCCUGAAUUUUACUCCAACAGUAAUCUGCUCAGAUGACCUACAGUCAAAUAUCCUUAUUCAGACAAAGCCUGUUGACCCCACAGUGGAUGGAGGUGCACAAGUUCAACAGGUUGUGAACAUCGAGUGUGUGUCAGACUUUAUGGAAGCUCCGAUCCUGAACAUUCAAUUCAGGUAUGGUGGAACAUUUCAAAAUCUUUCAGUAAAAUUACCCAUCACACUGAAUAAAUUUUUCCAGCCAACAGAGAUGUCUUCUCAAGACUUUUUCCAGCGUUGGAAGCAACUGAGCAAUCCAAAACAAGAAGUACAGAAUAUCUUUAAAGCAAAACACCCGAUGGAUGCAGAAAUCACAAAAGCAAAGAUAAUUGGCUUUGGAUCAGCCCUACUUGAGGAGGUAGAUCCCAAUCCUGCGAACUUUGUUGGUGCUGGUAUCAUACAUACAAAAACGACUCAGAUUGGAUGCUUGCUGCGCCUUGAGCCCAACCUCCAGGCACAGAUGUAUAGGCUCACACUACGAACAAGUAAAGAAGCUGUAUCUCAGAGGUUAUGUGAAUUGCUGUCAGAACAGUUUUAAUAUUAAACAUGUCAGUUUUGGGUUUUCCAUUUAUAUCACUGUCAUCAUACUGCAAAUAAAUGUCUUGUACAUCACUGUCUGAGUACUGCAGUGUUAACCAAUACCAGCUCCCUGCCUUAAUAGGACUUGACCCUUGUUUGAAAUUAAGACUAUAAAAUGUACAGUACGGGGAAGUGACAUUUUAAAUUAGAAAAGGCUUUUAGUGUGUCACACAAAGGGUGGGAGGGCUGUCUUGUGCUCCUUUUUUUUUUUUUUUUAUGCAGAGGUCAGGCUUUUAAACUUGUUAGAGGGAAAUUGAUGUAGAUGUGGUAACCAAGGAUUUCACCUGGAAAUGGCUAGUAACAUUCUGCUGUAGUGCCUUUAACAGGUACUCCCUCUGAGCUGAAAGAGACCCACGUAACGCUGCUCAGUAAGGUUAAUUUGGAUGUUCAUGUA